CCUGAUCAGUAGUAGCACACUUUCAUCGCGGCGAGGAAAGUGAGCAAGUCGAGUGAGUCGUUUCAUCCACGCUGUGGAGGAGUCAUCCACGUUGUAACGCACGGCAACACACGACCGCGCGCGUGUUCACAAAGAUCGUGUGUGUUAUACACAAGUGAAUGAAAUUAUCGUUGAAUACUUGUGGAUAAAGAAAUGAUACGUGAUGUCGCGUGUCGACUCGCCCUUUCCAAGGGGAGGGUAGAAGGGGCGUGAGGUGGAUGAAUCAUUGAGGCAGCCUCUGACGUGUCGAAUAAAAGAGGGAGGCGAUCGAAGAAUCAAAGCGGAGCAAGGUUGCAAACCAAUAUUCAAGAACUGGGAGAUUUUACCGAGGAUCGUGAUGAGUAAAAAUAAUGAAAAUGGUAUAUCCCUGGCGACGCCUCCAGCCAUCCAUGUUGGUCCCAUAGUGAAUCCAGGAACCAAUGAAACCAUCUCUAUUGUAAUUCCAUUAUCAGCUCAGUUGGCUACAGUUACCAGUCAGAAAAUUGAAAAAUCUUGCAAAGAUUACACCAAGGAUGGCAAACAGUCGUCCAAUAAUGUUCAAUCUCGGCUAAGAAAUGAUAAAACCAAAGGAUGUCCUUAUCCUGGCUGCACCAGGUAUGGGAGAGCCUUCUCGAGGGCACACGACCUGAAACGACACAUUGCUCGUCACGAAAUGAGAAAAGAAAAGCUGCACAAUUAUGAAAAUUACACUAUGGUAGGCAAACAAAAUAGGAAGGAAAGUAACGAGAAUAUAGCAAAUGGAAUAAUUGAUAGACAACAUAUGGUUUGGAAUGAUGAAUCACGCGAGAGUAAAUCUUAUUCUUGUUUGCAUUGUAAGAAGAAGUACACCAGUGAGACUAAGCUUAGAGCUCACAUGAGCUCCCAUGAGAAGGUUCCAGGUAAGAAUGUGUGUGCUCUGUGUGGAACAUGUUCCCGGAAUGAGGAGGAAUUACAAGAGCAUAUGAAGCAACACACAGCAAACAUGUUGGAAGCUCAAACAGUGUUAGAAAAGAGUGAAAGGGAACAACCAGAAAAAGAAGACGACUUCUUGCUUGAAGAGAUGUUGCUUCUGAAUAAGAAUCCUCGAAGAAUUGCGCAACCAGUGAAAAAUAAUUCGAAUACAGCAUCCAAGAUAAGAUGUGACUACUGUUCCAAGACUUUCAAGACCAAAUGGACAUUGAGCUCCCACGUGGCCGCUCACGAAGGCCGUUUUCAAUUCGACUGCGGUCAGUGUGGCAAGAAAUUUGUCAGAAAGAGUCACUACGAAGGUCACAUGAGAUCUCACGAAGCAGCACGACCUUAUGUCUGCGAACAAUGCGGGAAAACGUUUAAAGAAUUGAAACACAGGAGGGAACACACUAAGAGGAAGCAUCCUACUAACCAGAACGCGAUUCAAACGCUUUUGGAUAGCAUCAGUCCGUGUGCAUCCGAUGAAUUACCGGUGGAUCAGGCCAAGUUCACACUCCUAAUGCCUGUUAAUUUCUCUGUCUAAGGUCCCCAAUGUAGUUUUGCCCUGAAAUGAAUAAUGGAAGAUGGUUAUAAAUAAAUAUAUAAUUUUUAGUUUUGGAAUUUUAUAAUUUUUAAGUCGACUUUUCAAUUUUUUUAAUUUUAAAUCUUAAAUAGAGGAUCUUAUAAAAUUUUGUUUAAUUUGGUUUGAAAAUCUUGCUGAUAUGAGGUUUGCCUUUAAGACAAAUUAAAAGAUUCUAGAUUUUAUUAAUGGGAUGGAAUGGAAUGAAUUGGAGGAUUAAUAAUGAAAACAGGGUUUGAAAAAUUAAAUUAAGUCUUACGAAAGUUUCUAGUGGCGAAACUGAUGAAGAACUGACACUGUUUGUUUAUAAUAAGGAGAUUGUUAAAUUAUUUUAAAGUGAUGCUCAUUGUGAGAUAAGGUUUUAAGGCAUCCUUAGAUUAAAAACCCCUUAUUAAUCUCCAUUUAGUCUCAUCACUUUGUUUCACAAUGUAAUUACAAAAAUUCAAAGAUGUACAGUCAAUGUGACAACUUGUAACUAUUGUAUACUCGCAAAAAAUUGCUAUGCUUAAUUAUAAAGUACAUAAUUGACCAUAUAUAAUUUAAGUAAUUUUAAGUUUCUAUCCUAUAUGUCGAUGUCUAAUGAUCGACAGAGCUGUAUAUUAUUUUCAACUUUCAUUUAUCUGAACGACACACAAACCAAAGACAAUCUUGACUUUAAAAUGACGUACAAUUUGUACAUAAUCUAAUAAAUUGAUCGCUAAAGAAA